AGAAACUGCAGAAACUCUUUCCAAUGGCUCAACAAAACGGCACCAUAGACGCACCCAUUGAAGUGUCGAGCAUACCCACUGUCGUCGGAAUCAACUUCGGAAACUCUUAUGCUUCCAUCGCAGUUAUAACAAAGGAAGGAUCUGCGGACUGCAUUGCAAACGAGGAUGGAGAGCGUCAGAUUGCUUGUGCCAUUUCGUUCCAUGGGGAGGAAAUAUACAUCGGCAGCCAAGCCAAGCACCAACUUGUGAAGAACUCGCAAAACACUAUCACUGGAUUCCGUAACCUUCUUGGCAAGAAGUUCUCAGAGAUCCCAUCUGACAAGCUUACUGUGUCUGCACCCGUGAUUCAACACCCCGAAAUCCCAGAUGAGCCUGCAUACAAGGUCAAAGUUCUCCAAGCUGCUCCCUCUCCCCUUCCUACCAGUGUCACCACCACCCCGGCAGCCUCGCACGCACCAACUCCUCGUUCUGAACCUACCCCUGCCGAACGUAUCCUGACUCCCCAGGAAGUUACCACGAUUUUCCUCAAAUCCCUGAUCCAAUCUGCUGAAGACUUCUUGGGUAAGAAAGUUCAGGGUGCAGUGAUCAGCAUUCCUGCGUGGUUCUCUGACGCACAGAAAGCUGCGUUGGAGAAAGCAGCUGCCGAUGCGGGUCUCGUUGUUUUGCAACUUCUCGAAGAAGCUGGUGCUGCUGUCGUUGCCAGUAACAGCGGUCCCCAGGCCGAGGCACUGCCUGAUGAUCGUACUCAGCUUGUCGUUGACUUGGGCGCGUCCGGUCUCGAGCUUGCCCUUCUCUCCCUCCGCCAUGGAAUUGCACAUUCCCUCGCCACUAUCUCAGAUCACACUGUCGGUGGCGACUACAUUGACGACAAGUUGAUCAAGUUCUUCGCUAAGGAGUUCACUAAGAAGACGAAGAUGCCUCUGACUGUUGCUCCUGCCACAGAAACCCAAGACAAGCGCGCUGAAGCGAAACUCCGACUUGCUGUCGAACACACCAAGCGUACGCUGUCCGCGUCUCCUGGUGCUGCUACAUGCUCUGUUGAGUCUCUCAAGGAUGGUCUCGACUUCACCGGUACCAUCAACAGGUUGCGGUUCGACAUGGAAAUGCGUACUAUCUACAACCAUGUGUUCAAGAAGGUUCAGGAGCUUGUUGAAGCUGCUGGUCUUGACUUGUACGACAUCGACGAGGUCGUCUACAUCGGCGGUUCUGCCAGUCUCCCAGGGUUGGAUGAGACUCUGGCACAAGGCCUGUCCGAAUCCGUCGUUACUCCCUUCACCGCUGGUACAGUCGUUGGAGGAGGUGUUGGUGACCCUACUGCCAUCCUCGCCCGUGGUUGCGCACUCCAAGCCAAGCUUUUGGCCUCGCUUCCUGAAAACACUGAAGAGGAGAAAGAUGUCAAGGAGGCUUUCGCAAGUGGUAGCAAGUGGACCGAGGCCAAGGUCGCUGCUAAGACCAUUGGUAUGAUCUUCCCUGAAGAGAAUGCCGAGAACCCGCUCGGUGGUCAGUGGAUCCCUGCUAUCCUCCGCGAGACCGCUCUGCCCGCAAGGAGAAACUUCCGUUUCGAUGUUGACCUUGGUGAGGGUGAAGGUGAGAAAAAGACUGCGUUCGAGGUGUGGGAAGUGAAGGAGGGGGUGAAGACUGAAAAGGUCAAACCACCUGCGCUUGAACUCGAGGAGAGUGAAGAGGAAGAGGAACCAGAAGAAGAGGAGGAGAUUGAGGUCAAGGAGAAGACGUUGGAAAAGGAGGCUCUUCUCACCUCGCUAGAGUUGAUCGCUAAGCAGGCUAGGCAGGAAGGCGGAAGGUGGAGGACGACACUGGAAGUGCAGUUCCUGGUUGGCUCGGAUGGUUUGCUAAAGGUGACUGCUUGGGAGGUUGGAAAGUCUGGGAAGGGUGAAAAGGCUACAGCCACUGUCUCUGCUCCGUAGGGUAGCAUCGAAUUGAUGUAUAUAGCGUUACACAUAGAUCUACAUUAGUAGUGAUAGGUAGUGAUACAUCGGAUGUUUGAACUCCCUCGCGUGGGGAUUAUUGAUAGGUAUUGUGGAAUCGGGUGUUGCCGCGGAUUUGUAGCACUUUCACUUGGUGACCUUGGUCUGCAUUAUCUUGCCUAAAUCUUGUCGCACUGAAAACAAUGUGCAUCCAAUGUGGACGACUUCGUGACCAACCGG